GGGCGGGUUAAGGCGCCGCCCCUUCGCCGCCGGGCGGAGGGAACGGGCCCUCCCGUGAGGUUGAAUGUCUUCCGCUCGCCAUCGUCUUCUCCGCUCCAUGGCUGCCUCGGCAGCUCCCUGAAAGGGGGGAGGCGGCGCGUCGGCCCCUCCCUCGGGGCCCUGCGUGGCGGGAAACGGCAGGAAUACUAACUAGAAUGGCCAGCAAGAAGGAGCCCCCUUUCUUCAAUGAGGAUAAUGUUGGAUCAUGUCAUUGCAAACUUACUUUCUAUGAGACCAUGGAGCUCUUCAUUGAAACUCUUACAGGAACAUGCUUUGAAUUGCGAGUGUCUCCUUUCGAAACAGUUAUUUCUGUGAAAGCUAAAAUCCAGAGACUGGAAGGUAUCCCUGUAUCUCAGCAGCAUUUAAUCUGGAAUAAUGUGGAGUUGGAGGAUGACUAUUCUUUGAAUGAUUACCACAUUUCAGAAGGAUGUACUUUGAAGCUGAUCUUAGCAAUGCGUGGUGGUCCUAUUAAUACAAAAAGAGUUCCUUUGGAAGACCCAAUUAAAGAAAUAGCAGAAUACAUGGGGCCAUGUCGAGAUGAUGUCUGGGAAAAGGUUCCAUCCAGUAAACAUGUUACAUUCUUGGUCUACCAAGAAGGAGACCAGCUGAACUUUUUUCGAGUUGUGGACAGGGGAGAUGGAACUUUAACACCAUUAUCUGAAUCUUUAAGUGGUGGUUCUGUUUAUAAUUUGUAUGCUGAUGACGAUGAAGACACAGAAAUAUCUCCUUCUGGGCAACAGAUUAUUGAGAACUCCAUUACAAUGAAUAAAAUGAAGCUGCUAAAGGCAAAGAUGGAAAACAUGAAUCUUAAUAAAAAGCCUAAGAUCAAAGUGAACCCCCAUUCUCCAGUGGUCCUUCAUCCAUCUAGUGGCUCGCUUGCAGCUGUUCGUCAUAAUUUUCUACGAGCACUUCCUCAUAUUGGGCAAUCCUGUCUGCCUCCUGAAAAUUUAUAUAACUCAGGAAUAUCUCCAAAUGCCUUUUCAACCCUAGCACAUACUGAUAAAAAAGUGCCAUCCAUUACUAGAAACUUUCUUAAAGAAAAUGACAAAUGGGAGAAUAUUUCACCAUCUCAAUCAAUUAACAGCAUGGCACUGUCUUCCAAAGUAUCAUCUGUGGAAAAGGGAGAGGCAAAACUUUCUGAAAACAAUGUAGUUCCUCAAGUGACAACUGCACUCACAAAUUUGGAAAAAAAUGCACAAAGUAGUAUAUCAUCCAAUGAAAGAUGUCCUUUCUUGUAUCCAGAUCUCACAAAUGUAAAUCUGUAUACUGCAGAAAAAAAUGUUCUACCAAACAAGGAGUCUCUUCCCUUGGUAUCAGAAUCAAUUUGCAAUGACUCAUACAGCAAAAUGCCUGGAUCAGAAGAAGGGAAUACCACGCUUCCGUUACCGCAAGAGCAUCAAAACAAAUCCAUCGCAAAAACUUUGACUUUUGCAACAGCAGAUAAUAGUAUUUUUAACUCUCAUGAGUUUAGUCUGAAGAAAACACGCCUGUCACCUCUUCAUUGUUCAUCACAGAUGGCGCAUUACAGUCCUCAGAAAUCUCAAGCUCACUCCAAAUAUUUUGAAGAAGCUGGCUUGAGGCCCACUAUUUCCCCAAACAUUCUACAGUCAUUGGAGGUGCACAGUUUAGCAGAUUCCUCUUAUUCAAGAACAUCUAGAUUUCAUGGCAUUGGUUUGGAUUUACCUAGCAAAAGGCCUGAUCCCCAUUCUAAAGUGGAAGCAAGAGAUAUCACAGAAGUAGCACUUAAGGCUUCCAAAGACCCUGUUGUUUCUGUAAAUAACAUAAGUUUGCUAAGUUCAUUUACCCGAAGCACAAAUAGAGAUGGCUUACCGAAUUCCUGUGGCACAAGCAGGUUUCGGACUUCUGGUAUUUCAUUAACUACCAACUUUCAACAUUUUCCAGAAGAAAAUUUUAGAACGGCUUCUCCUCCCAAUGACAUGCCUGGAUAUUUUUUAUCUCCUGGAGUUGGAUUGAAUGGAAAUAUUGUGGCUUCAGGAAAAAGAAUGGCAGGUGAUACCACUCAUCUUCCACCUGUGAAUUGUUCUAUUCAGCAUAAAAAGAAAAUUGCAAAACAUUGCUUCCUAUGUGGAAAGAAAACUGGAUUAGCAACUAGCUAUGAAUGUAGAUGUGGAAACAACUUCUGCGCAACUCAUCGCUAUGCAGAGACUCACACCUGUACUUAUGACUACAAGAAUGCAGGAAGGAGAUUCUUGCAGGACUCCAAUCCUGUUGUCAGUGCACCAAAGCUUCCCAAAAUCUAAGCAUAAUUUUAUGGUCCGUGACUGAACUGUUUUUCUUUACUGUAUUUCAAAUCUUGCAAGUAACAAGAUCAUCCAAAGCUCUAUAAUUCUGAAGAAUGAUGUAACACUCUUGUAACUGACAUCUUUUAUUCUUUAGUGAAUCAAAAUUUAAACAUUAGUUUUUAAAAAUGUACAUUCUGAUUUAACAAUUAUUAUAUAUCUUGUGUUAAGUAUUUUAUAAUUGAAAAUGUCCUUUCACUCGUCAAGUCUUAAAAGAUGCACUUUAGAGUACAUACAUACAUACAGAUAUAUAUGUAUAUAUGUGUGUGUGUCUGUUUGUAUGCACACAGACACAUUAUAAUGAGACUUGACAGGAUUCUGUAUUGAAAAUGUCUUAUAAUCCCUUGGUUUUCAAAUAUGUUCUUUUAGUUUUUAGUAUUGAGGUUUCAUUGUACUAGGCCAACUUUCUCAUAGUGAAGGGCCUUGUAUUCCAUCAAACCAGCUGAAAACCAUGUUUCUGUUCUGGAAGUAACAUAUCAUGUUAGAUCAUUAUUCUUAUCUGGCAGAUUAAAAAGCAAAAACAAAGGAAGGAUUUUCUUGUUAUUAAAUAGAAGACGCUUUAAUUAU